AUGGACAACAUCUUACGGUAUGGCUCUGUGGAAGGGAUUCCCCUUUACAACUGCAGAAGGAAGACCUAUGUCGCUCUGAUGUUUCCAAUCCUCUACUUCAUCUACUUCCUCUUCACCGCGCCGCUGGUAUUCAAUUCCAAGUACCUCGCUUGGUUCUACACCCCAAUGAUAUUUGACGACGGUGCCACUGAAUACUUCAAUCACUCCCACACAAUCAACAACUUCUUGAUUGUAACUCUCACAUGCAUCGUCUACACUCCCUUUCGUUGGGUCAUUGGAACCAAUCUGAAACAUGUUAAGAACGCCAACACUUCUCAGCUACAGAAUACGAAAACCCAAGUAUUCCUUCAGUCCACUCUGAUAUGUGCUGCCAAUCAAGUUUGUGCUGUCAUCUACGUCGUCAUGAAUGUAACUGAAGUUCCCGACUGGAUCAUAAUUUUUGCUCAUUUCACUUGGGAAUUCAUCCACGGAGCUCCGGUUUUCAUUUAUCUCGCAUUGAACCGAAUGAUUCGAGAACGGUUUCUGGAAAAGAUGAAUGUGAUGAAGGGAGGAGCGUUUCGAGAGACCACCUCGAUGAUGCCGAUCAACAAGAGUGGAGCAUCUCCUGUUGUCAUUGUUAAUUGA